AUGACCCCUGCCACAACGGCCGACCUUAACCACGACUUCUUUGAACUAAUAGCUUCCAUCAUUGGAAUGCUGUUAAGUCUUCUCACAAUCAUUACUUGUUGCCAAGGGCGACAAUCAAUCACCGCUUGGAUUGUCAGGCACUACCAAGCAUUCCAGCAGAUCCAACACAUCCUCCGAAACGUAACCCCGGACCUUCCCUUCCAUGACAUCCCCCCCUCUGCCAGAUCGACCUUCCAGCCGCAGGAGUUUCCCGUACCAGAAACCGGGCAUAGCAGCCCGAAUCUGGGGAGCUCUCAAGAAGAAGAAAGACAUGGAUACCCUCCUCGACGACCUGACAGUAGAAACCAGAAUGCUAGCCUCGCAGGAUUCUGGAACCUGUGGACCACAACAGUCCCCCAGGUCACCCAGGAGGUCACCGACAACCUCCCUGCAGCCUCCAGUAACACUACCACCGCCUCUCGCACUCCAGGGAUUGGAGACCAUGCUAGGGACUCCUGUGAUGCCUCUAGGAUGGCUUCGAGAGCCAGGACCUCCUCCGACCCUCCCCAUGAUUCUCUCUAUGAACCCACCGAGCAGGGCUCUGACUCCAGCCAAUCCGUCAGCAGGUUGGGGAUCGAGGACCCACACAGACGAACAAUUCACCCCGACUACGCCAAUGUCGAAAUCGCCAUCUCAGCAGCCGGGGAUCCCUACCGACACCUUCACGUCGGGAGCCAGCCCAAGCAUUAUAUGAUAUGA